CUGCUCGGUUAGACGCCAUCUGCACGUCCCGACGCAGAGGCGGGAGGGGUGGGGGUCGUUCCUUGUAAGAAGUGCUGAAAAUACAAGUUUUUGAACGUGUGGCCGCUUCGGUUUAUUCGGUUGUCAAAUUAUUGGAUUAUUUAGCCCAGCUCCAAGGUUUUAUUAAGAACGAUGACACUGCAAUGGACUGUCGUUGCGUCUUUCUUGUACGCAGAAAUAGGUUUAAUUUUACUUCUAUGUUUACCAUUCAUCUCGCCUCGAAGAUGGUUAAAAGUUUUUACCUUUCGUUUGUGGGAGAAAAUUGCUUCCUUUUGGAAUAGAGCUUUCCUAACAAUUAUUGUAGUCUUGGUUAUCUUGUUCUUUGAUGCCAUUAGGGAGGUGAGAAAAUACUCAGCCAGUCAUGGAAUUGGAAAAGACGAAAAACUGCUUCCAAAUAUGUACGAUCAUUUUAACAUGAAACUUUUCCGGGCACAAAGGAAUCUUUAUAUAUCUGGAUUUUCAUUGUUCCUCUGGCUUGUUCUUCGUCGAAUGAUCACCCUUGUCUCAGAACUAGCAAUUGCAAUGGGAGAAAAUCAGGCGCUUAAAGUUCAAACAGAAAAUGCAAACGAGGCAGCCAAAAGGUAUCUGGAGGAAAAUGAAGGUCUAAGAAAGGCUAGUAAUAGACAUAAAGAUGAUGGAAAUAAGAAAUUGGAAGAGGAACGCGAACAAAUGAUUAAGGAAGUUGCCCAACUGAAGACUGAAUUGAAGAAAACCACGGAAGCCCUUGAGAAAUCACAGAUCGAAAUGGUUACAACCCGAAAACAAUAUGAUGGGCUGACAAGGGAGUAUGACCGACUUCUGAAGGAGCAUGAUGGGUUACAGAACCUUGCUGACAAGCACGAUAAGAAAACUGAGUAAAUUGCAAAAGCUUUUGCUUUGUGCCUUUGGAUAUCUUCUGCAACAGCUGUAAAUUUAUUUUUUGUUACCUGGAUAAUGAAACUAAAUGUGAAUGAGUCUCUUCUGAAAACAAUUGGGUUGAGGGCUUUUGACUUUGACAAAAGAAGUGUAUAGUUUGUAAUGCUUUGCACAGUUCAUAGAUUUAAAUGGAAAGAUAGCAAUAAGUUGGAUGUGACUUGUUCAGAUUUGGCUGCCAAUCAACAUACUUGUGGAUUCAGGCCAUAUCUUUCUAUUUACUUAUUUUAACUUGCAGGCACCACUAUCCCACAAGUGCAAUCUGAAUUCUCAAAGUUGGCUAUUUGACCUGCCAACAACCUUGAAAUGUACCUAUCUGAAUUUGCUUAAUAGAACAUAAUACCACUGGUAGUCCAGGAGGUUUUGGUGAAGAAUCCUGGCACUCCCAUGCUGUUUAUACCUCCAUCUUGUAACUUACUUUGGAACUUCACCGUCACAAGGGGAGACAAGGGUAUUCUUUCAUAGUUCCCAAAAGUUUACUUACCAACACCUCCAGGUUAAAUGUGGGAUAAAUUAAUAUUUUAUUUUUCAAUUAGAACUUUCUGAAUGGCCUGGAGAGAUAUGAAUUAUAAUAUUGCACAGGGUAUUUGACAUGGAUCUUACCCAUUCUUGCCUGUGGUUGUCGGUAAACUUGUAUAGAGCUAUAGGUCCGAUUUUCAUUGUCCAUUACUUUUUUUAAGUUGUUUUUUUUUCACAGUGUAACCUCCAUUUAAAGCUCAUAAUGGAAAAAAGCUUUUGUCUUGGCAGUUGGCAGAAAAACAAAAGUUUCAUGUUUUAUCGUGCAAAUGUACUUCAAACUUAAAUGUGAUGCGAAUAAUUUAAAAUAAAAUAUCGAAGAACAGUUAGGCGGUCUGCAUUCUGUGAAAAUUCUGGUUGAUUAUGACUUAUCUUGGCAAGAAUCAGGAAUCGCAGACUAAUAUUUUACUGAGUUGUGAAUAUUUUGUUUUUGUCUGAACGUAUUCGACUGAAUGUAUAUUAAUGCUAGAAUGUAAAAAUAUUGUCACAUUCAAUUUGGUGCUGACUUAGAAAUAUUUAAUCUCCUAAUUUUAAUUUGAUCGGAAUCUAUCUAAAAUGUAAGUAUUCAUGAUUUUGAAAGCUGUGUUUGUUCUUACUGCUGUAUGCACAACAUAAAUGGAAAGAUAGCACUGGGAACUAUGUAUUCCCUUAAUCUUUCUUAAUAAUGCGCUGCUCUCGGCCCACAGGUCACAACAUGUGGAGAAUAUUACUGUUUUGCAGUGUUUGAAAUGUAAACAUGAAAAUUAUUUCAUUUUCGAGGAUCAUAUAGUUCAUCAAAGAACUACCUAGCCAGCCUAAAAAUGAUUGUUGCAUGUCAAUUAAAUUAAUUAUUUUUACACACUGCAGUUUUUUGUCAAAUAUCUCAUGCUUGUACAAUAAAAAUAUAAAAUCAA